AUGGAUACAAGUCAGUUGAUGAACUCUACUUUAGAUUUUGCUCUGUUCUAUAUUGAUGCUUCUCAGAAUUGGUCCCCUCCCGGUAUUCGAGUUACAAGAGGCAGCAGUACUCCUUACACAUCAAAAAUCUGUUCGACCAAAAAUCUCGGCUUUUUCGAAAACUUCAUAACCCCCUCUCCAAUACCCUUUAUAGGAAAGGGUAGGAUUAAAGCCAGCCCCAAGCCUACAUCUAUGGUUGAUGAAAACGAUCACGCUUUGAACUCAGAUAAAGAAAUAGCCACGUCUUUUGGGGGGUAUUUCGCCAACGUGUUCUCUCAAUGGAAGCAGUGCGCUGUUCCAGUUGCACCAAAUAACGAACCUCCUGAUCUCGAAAGAUCUGAUAGCUUCCCAGACUUGUUUAUUCAUCCUUGGCAUGCACUAAGAACUAUGAAAAAAUUGAAGUCCACUUCUUCUGCAACGUAUGAUGGCAUACCCCAGGUUGUGUUUCGAAGAUGUUGUCAUGCCCUUCAGUAUCCAAUUGCUUUCAUUCUGAAUGCGCCAUUACUUUACGGGGAAUGGCUUUCCCCAAGGGGGAGCUCUUUCCCAUUACUCUUUCUACUGUAUACGGCGGGCCUACCAGAGUUUCUCAAGGUGCACCCUAGAGUCGAAAUAAAAAUGUUCGCGGAUGAUAUCCGAAUCUAUUGUGCUUAUAGCAGUAAUGAGCAAGUGGAAGCACAUCAAAGCUUGAGUUUGUCUAUCCAAAAGAUGCUGGAUUGGUCCGACAAGUGGGAACUCCCAAUCAACUUAUCGAAAACAAUACAUCUACACCUAGGCCCUUGCCCAUCGAUACCAUUUCGGAUCUCUGGUGUCUCAAUAAGGAGUGAGCGUUCAGUGAACGAUCUGGGAAUCACCGUCGAUGACUCUCUAACUUUUAAUAGCCAUAUUUCCAUGGUUGCAAAAAAGGCUCUUACAUCGCUCUUCAGA